AUGAUGAGUUUGAAAGAGACAAUCAAUCAAAUUUUUAAUAAUAAUACCAAUUAUUUGCAUGCACAACAAAUACUUAAUCAAGCUCGAUCACUCAAAUCUUUAUCGAAUGAUUUAUAUACUGAUCCACUUCGUUUUGUUUAUGAACUUGUACAAAAUUGUGAUGAUGCUUGUCAGCCAAAAUCUAUAGUACGCAUUGCCAUUGUGGAUCAUCAUUAUUUAAUUGUUGGUCAUAAUGGAAAACCAUUUGACAGAGAAGAUGUACAAAGUCUAUGCGAUAUUGGAUGUAGUACAAAAGGAGAAGAUAUGCAAAAAACUGGUUAUAAAGGUUUGGGAUUUAAAGCUGUUUUUGGAAAAUCUGAUUAUAUAUUAAUUGUAUCUAAAGGAGAAUAUUUUCGAUUUGAAGCUAAUUCUAAAGUAUUUCAAUGGAAUCCAAAAUGGGGAAUUAAUCAAAUGACAUGGGAACAAAUAAAUAAUAGAAAAUUUGAAUUUCCUUGGCAAAUAUGUCCUAUUUGGACUGAAAAAAAUGAAAUAUCUGAAUCAAUUCAAAAAUGGCUUUUAGGACAAUCAGAUGCUGUAGCAACUAUAAUUCGUUUGAAAAAUGUUGAAGAAACACAAAAUGCUAUCAGACAACUAACAGAUCAAUCUCAUGUAUUUAUGUUUCUUCGAAAUAUUAGAACUGUUCGAUUUUCUUUUAAUUCUUCAAAUGAGACAAGUUUAAAUAUUACUAUUCUUCGAGAUGGAUCUGUAAAAGUUGUAUAUGAUUGGCAUUUUAUAUCACAUUGGUUAUUAUGUACAUGUAAUAUAGAUGUUCCUGAUAAUGCACGAAAUGAUUUUCGUUUACCAGAAAAACUUCAAAAUGCAAAACAAACUGAAAUUAUUCUUGCUGCAAAAAUUGAUAGAAAUGAUAAUAUUGGAAGUGUUAAAGGUCAUAAUAAUGCACUAUUUGCUUAUCUACCAACAAAAAUAAUAACCUACGAUUUACCUAUAUUAGUCAAUGCUAAUUUUUUAACUAAUGCUAGUCGAGAACAUAUUCAUACAGACUCCGUAUGGAAUCAAUUUCUUUUUUCUCGUAUUCCACAUGAAAUGCUCAAAUGGAUAGGAAAACUUGGAAAACAAUCGAAAUGGCGUGAUAAAGCUCUUGAUCUUCUACCUAAUCAUAUUGAUAUCAAAGACAAUCUUGCUACAAAAUACAAUGAAAAUUGUUCAAAUGCAGCUACAGAAGUACCUUUUGUACUAAAUACUUUUAAUAAAUUGUUAAAAGUUAGUGAAGCUGCAAUCGAUGUGACAGGCUUUUCAAAUAUAGAUUGCAUUGGAAAUGAUUUAAUUCGUGAUUUUAUUUUACGUACUAUCUCUCCAACACCUCGUAUUGCACAGCAUCCUUUUGUUCACAACAGGGGUGGAACCGGUUGA